AUGCGCAUCGAACCGCACCUGAUUGGCACUGACCCACACAAUCGAGAUGGUUUUGGGAUCAGUGUGAAGGAUUGCCAUGACCUGAUUCGUUCGAUCACAGAAGUUGGCUUCUGCAGUUCUGAGACGGCUCCGGUUUGCGCGGAGCUCGAUCCGUUUGACCGGGAGCCACUCGCCUUCAACGAAAGGCUUACAAUGGAAGCGCAGGGCUACUUGCCUCCAUGCCCUCACAUGAGGUUUACGUCACUGGCAGGGUCCCACCUCAAUGCCGGUCUUCGAUGCAUUGCAGCAGGGUGUAAAUCCGACAUUGCAGAGCUGGUGCACUCAUCAGGCCGCCUGAGCUUGGAUGUGAUCAAGGACAUCGACCCUCUCUACGCAGAAGCAGUCACAAGCGGACUGCGUUGGCGGGUCAUCAGCUUUGAACCUCUUCGAGAGUUCCCAGAGAUGAAGGGGCUAAUCCAGAGCGCUUCAAACGCCAGUGGGCACCUGGCUAAAGGAGAGCACGAGCUGCAGCUUCUCAAGAGAAUUGGGAACAUGGUGAGCAGCGCAGAAAAGCGCAAGGGCCCCUGCUCCUAUAAAGACUUGAAAGACUCCCUGCUGCGUAGCAAGCCAGUGUGCGCUCCUGCAGCACCCUUCAUGCACCGGUUCAUUGUGAAGUUCUCAGCCGGAGCUCCAGGUUUGCUUGACAGGGUGGAGAAGGCAGUCAAGCAACAAUGUUCCUCAAGCAAGCAGCUUGGGGGUGACUUCUUCGAGGCGCUGUGUUCAGAGGGCAAAGGCGUCCAAGAUUUGAUGAUCGACUUGAGACACGCUUUGCUUGGGGCUGCCUACAUGAGCCCGAGCCCGCUGAAGAUCACACCGCAGGAUGUGAAGCGAGCGCUCACCAGUCGAGAGUUCAAGCCACAGGCUGACAAGGCCAAUGGCCUGAUUCGGCGCUGCUGGUCACUGGUUGAGAGUCACGGUGCUUGCGACCCAGGUGUGCACAUGUUGAUGGCGGAGUUCGAAACAGACUUGGUGCUAGCUAUGCUUGGGAAGCGACACAGUGAGGUGAAGAUCUCUGAUUGCCAGGAAGCUGCAGCCUGUCGGCUGAUGGACAAGCUUGAGACUGCCAAGCAUGUUCGUCUUUGCUCAGAGAUCAGGCGAUUCAAUUCCGAUGGCACGCUGGAGCCUUCCCAAUUCGCUCGAGAGGCUGGUUUUGAACCAGGGGUUUACAUCCAGCGCAAAAAGGAUCAAACGCUGGCUCAGAUCAAUUCCUUUUCCAAGGACAAUGUCCUUGUUGAGGUCGAGGAUGGUCCCAUCUCGGGGAAAGCAACCUUCAAGAUUGCAACAUUGUUGCAGGGGAGCUGGAAGGUGGUUGAGCGAAAAGCUGAACCUCAGGACGUCGAAGGCUUGACGGAUUUGCUGCCGUUGAGUUCCCCAGCAUUCUUGGCACACUGCCUGCGCGAGCAGGUCAUGCAGGCCUUGUUUGACUUAGAGGCAGCUCAUCACCAUGUCCAUGAGCAGUUGAGGGUCCAGGUCAAACCAGUGAAGGCAGUCUUUGCCACAGAGGCCUUUCCUAAGGGCAAACUCGUCUUGGUUCCAUGCUCAUUGAAGCUCGACGGUCGCAGGUUGGGCCAGAUCAUGGAUGGCAACAAGACUAGCCUGUGUUUGGGACAGCUUUCCUUGAAGCAUGCCAAAUUGGCAACUUGUGAGUCAAUGGUCUUUUGGAUUCAGCCCUUCUUCUCGGAUGGAGGGAAAGACAAAACCAAGCCUGGUUUUGUGAGUCCCUUCUUCUGCGUUCGGCUGAGCUAG